GGACGUGGAGACCCUGAUCCUUGUAUGCUCCUUGCCCUCCUUGUUUACAAGGGCUGUAUUGUGUUGUAUUUGUAUGGGCUCAGUUGCACAAUGGAUUAUUGGUGUUUAUAUUGUAAUGCUGUGUCGUGUUUUGGUAUAAAUCAAUCAUGUUUUAAGUAAAAGCCACGUGCUCAUUGUAAAAGAUUAGAAUAUAUUAUGGAACGUCAAAAGUUGCCAGUGUUUUUACUGAAGGUAAAUAAUUCUGAAUCUGUAGAAUCAAAUCAGAACUCAGCGGUUUACCUAGGUUCACAAAACUCGGAAGUGUCAGAAUUGUUUGAAAGAAACAUUAAAAUGGAGGAUGUUGACAAUUCCGAUGAUAAUACAAAUAUGAGACUGGAGGAAGAUAAUGAAACCGUCAUGUCAGAAGUAGAGGCAGAUAAUCAAACCGUCGAUGUUGGAACAGAACUUGAAGAUGGCGUGACAACUGAUGUUGCUUUAGGUUUAGUAAACGCCGAAGGUAUGAUGGGAAUGUGUGAUAAUUUGGAAGAUUCAAACAAAGAUAGUGAUUCAUUAUUGUUUGGAGAGGAUGAUGUGUUGAUGCAGCAUAUGGACAUUCAGGAGCCUUUAUCGAAAUUACGAUCGUUGCUAGAAGAGAGACUUGGCUGUGACUUGUCUGACCACGAGUUUUGGCUCCAAGAUGCACAGAUCUUGGCUCCUCAUAAAAACUUAGUUGAUCAGUGUGUGCAGGGUGAAGGGAUUGUCCAAGUUAAUUUUCAGAUUAAAACUGACGGCGAGUUGAAAAAAAUUAACAUUGUUGAUGUAUUAAAGCCAACUGAAGAUUUCAUUUCCAUGGGACAGCAACAGUUUGAAACAUCACAGUUUGAAAAUGUGUUGCCAGUUGAGAAGAAGCAGAACGUGAUCCGCUGGAUCGUGGACGGCCGCUUCAAGAAGGAGCAGGAGCGGCUGGGUAUCCCCGGAGACCCGCGCGAGUGGACGCCCGCGCACGUGCGCCACUGGCUGCUGUGGGCGGCGCGGCAGUUCAACCUGGCGGGGCUGAGGCUGCGCGACUGGGACCUGGCGGGACGCGAGCUGUGCGAGAUGACGCUGCAGGAGUUCCAGCGGCUCGUGCCGAGCGACCCUCGCGACGUGUUCUGGACGCACCUGGAGCUGCUGCGGCGCUGCCACUUCGUCGCCGUCGUGCAGAAGGACGAGGGGGAGGAGCGGCCCGAGGCGGACACACGCCAUGUCGAGUUGAAGGGGAAGCUGGCCAAGCAGGGGCGGGUCCUGAAGCUGCCCCGCGUGAUCGGCCUGCCCCUGAACUCCCUGGAGCCGGGCGGCUGCGGCAACCGCACGGGCAACAACGGCCAGAUCCAGCUGUGGCAGUUCCUGCUGGAGCUGCUGACGGACAAGGACCACGCGGAGAUCAUCCACUGGGUGGGCGGCGGCGGCGGCGAGUUCAAGCUGAGCCACCCGGAGAUGGUGGCCCUGCUGUGGGGCGGCCGCAAGAACAAGCCCAACAUGAACUACGAGAAGCUGAGCCGGGCGCUGCGCUACUACUACGACGGCCACAUGAUCUCCAAGGUGCACGGCAAGCGCUUCGUCUACAAGUUCGUGUGCGACCUGAAGCAGCUGCUGGGCUACAGCGCCGCCGAGCUGAGCCGGCUGGUCGGCGAGUGCCGUCGCAAGUCGCUCGGCGCCGCCGAUGCCGCUUGCCUCGAGGAACAGCUCUCGUCCGACUUGUACUAGACCUGGCUGCUCUGUGUAACCUGGAGAUGCGCUGGCUGCGUUGCACGGGGUGUGAGACAUGCUGAGGUCAAUUGUAAUCUGUGGAUAAAUUACACGAAAUGAGGAGUUUCCUCAUUCGUAUGUUACGUAACGAGCUCAGAAACGAUGUUCUUGUCAUUUGUUAUGUUUCUAAAGAUUUAUAGUGGGCAGUAGGAGAAUGAAUUGAGUGUUCAUUACAAUUUUGACUAUUUUUGAUGUUGUUAGUGACUGUAAUCUAAGUAGAGCUCUAAAAUAUUUCUAAAGGGUCCAAAUAGCAUAACUAGCGACACUAAAACUGAGUUUUGCUCAGUUGUAUAUUAUGUAACAUGUUCAGCGACUACAUUUGUGUUAUUUAUUAUAGUAUUUUUUUUGUGUAAUUUUUUAUUUACAGCAGAAUAAAGAAUUGAAUUAUCUUUAUAGUGUGGAUGUUCUGAGAUGCUGUUAAGUUGGACUUAUUUGGUACAGCACAAUUCAUUAUUGUUGCUACCAAAUUUGCCAUCUUUGCAAAUCAUUCAUCUUUUGAUAGUAAUAAAACUUUAUAGCAAACAUGA